AUGGCGGAUUAUACCGCCGUUAGCGAUGAACACGAUCGGGAAAAACACGGCUUUUCGGUUAUUAUUGUCUCUGAUGAUUACCGCAGCGUUCUUGUCAAUGUGGAUUAUGAAUAUGGCUGUUUAUGCAAUGCUAUUUCCAAUAGUACAAGUGUUGGUAGAGGAGCUCGAAAACAAACUCGCCCGGACCACAGUAACAAAACGGGUAUGGUGAACAGUGCUUAUGAGCAAGAGCUUCAUAAAAAUGGAAAAGUAACUCGUGACGAGAAUGCACUCGAAAUGUCUGCCGUGAUUGAGGAAAAUUGUACUGGUAUGGACGAACAGCAGCAGAAAACCUCACACCCUGGUGACGUAACAAGAAAUGAUACAAAAGGGCCUUCGCGCUUGAUGAUGUGUUUUAAUUUGGGAUUGGUUCAAGCACUGAUAAUUGGCGGAGUCGGGACAUUAGUUGGAACGUUUUUGCCAUUGGUAUUGGUUCAAAACCUGGAGACAUAUUAUGGCCCAAGUGCGAAGCCGAAUUUUGGGGAGUGGAUGGUAUAUGCAAUACCAACGCAGAUAGUAUGCUUGGCGCUUGCGUGGACCUGGUUGUCAACUUUUUUUUUGGAUUUAGGGUGGUCAGAAGUAGUGGUUAUCUUCAUUUUUGUUGUGCUGAUAGUUAUGUGGCUUUUUGAGGACCCCCAGUUUGUGACGGGUUGGAGAUCAUGGUUCAAACCAGGGUUUGUAAAAAGCAGUACUUUCACUGUUGCUGUUACUAUUCUAUGUUUUAUCAUCCCAAACAAAAGACCAUCGCUGCCGCGUUGCACUCAUGAUAUUGAAAAAUUUGAACCGCUGCUAGACUGGCAAUAUGUAGUAAGUCGAGUACCCUGGGAUAUUGUAUUUUUCGCUGGAGGAGGAGUCUCGCUUACAGUAGGCAUCAAGGAAUCUGGUCUUGACCUGUUGGUAGCUGAUAAGUUAGAUUUUUUGAACUCAUGGGACCCAUGGAUAGUGUUGCUGAUCACUACCGCUAUAGGUGCCCUGCUGACCGAAUUUUUAAGUGGUCCAGUGUACGUGGGCCUUAUUCUACCUAUUGUCUACGUAACGGCACAUAUGAAAGGAAUUCAUCCAUACUAUUUUGCCAUACCAAUAACCCAGGCAUCCAAUCUGUCAUUCUGCUUACCAGCAGCACAUCCCUUGAACGCAAUGCUGGUGUCGUUCAAAGUCGUCACAGUUCCCACCAUGGCAAAAGUCGGAGUGAUGCUGAACUUUCUAUGUCUCAUUAUUACAAAUAUAUCUAUGAACACAUUUGGUUGGAAGUUCUUCGAUAUUGAUACUGUACCUGCUUGGGCUGUAAUAGACCUCGUCAAUGCGACAACAACUGUGGCAUCGGUCACGGUGUGA